AUGGCUCAACUGACAUGGAAUGACAUCGGAGAAGCUGCAACACGUGACCAUGAGAGAUCACGAUCCAUUUUACUAAUCAGGCCACAAGCCGAGAAAUUGAUGACAUCCACAACUAAUGAAUAUUACCAGAGAGCUAAGAAAAGGCGCUGGAAUGGUAAACGAAGGGUUAGGAGAAUAAUUGCCAACUUAUCACGAAAACGGAAAAGGGAUAGGACCUAUUAUCAUCACGCCAUAGCAUUCAUCAAAGCAAAAAUCCUGAUAUGGCUAAAAGGAAGUGAAAGGACCGUACACUUCACCAGGAAAUCAGAUCGGGAAGCCAGCCAGAGCAAUCACAUAGGAUUAUCUGAAUUCGUAAUAUCACCGGAAAAAGGCAUAAUUUCAAAAAUCGAAAAUGAACCAGGAAUUACGGUCAAUGAUAGAGAUGGCAACUCGGAUGUCUGCACUAUCACUUUACCAUUCGAUAUCCAACCGUCUGAUACGCCAUCACCAUGGAUAAUCUGUCGAAUUCUAGAAGUAGUGGGAAUCUUUGUCAUGGACACCAAAGAUAA